AGAGAGUUUGACAGCUUUCACUGCAGAAGAGGAUGCAAAUGAGAGAAGUGAAUCCCCAUAAAUAGGAGCUGACUGGUCCUCUGCAGCAGAACUUGAUUCAGCAGAGAGUUGCUGCAUUGGGUAGAAGAUCCUUCAGCAGACAUCUCAUCAGCGACACAAAGUGGAAGAUGGACAGAGCAGCCAGUGUGACCAUCCUCAUCCUCCUUCUGUGUGCCAUCACUGCACAGGGUAUUCCCAUCCUUGGAGCAAAUGGACGGUGCCACUGCGCUAGGACCAGAUCUGAUGUUAUUCAUCCAAAGUCCAUCCGGAGCCUGAGAUUUAUUCCAAGAGGACCUCACUGUGAGAAUGCAGAGAUAAUUGUCACGAAGAAAAAUGGGAAUAAAGUGUGUGUGGAUCCUGAAGCCAAGUGGUUGGAGGUGCUUAUGACUGCCAAUAAAGGUGCCAAACAAGGCAAUUGAACAAAAUGAAGCUGCAAUCUGAGAGAUUCACUUCCACUCCUGGAGUAUCUGCCAGGCAAUGAAGGAGGCUCAGCUGUGGGAAUUAACACUGUAAUUCACCUUCCAGUGGUUCAGUCCAGUGCAUCCUCUUCAUUGUUUUCUGGGAAUGAUCUAUGGUUCCUCCCUGUUACAGGGCACGUUUACGCCCCGUCACGGUGCAUAAUUAUACCUGAGCAAACAACUUAACUUGGUGCCAAGUCCAAAGUUUUGUUUGAGACCUGUGGUAAUUAAGGUAGAUUGUGAACUUGUGCACUGUGUGGAAAUGAGAUGAAUGCCACUUGUUGAAAUGUAAUACUAGCUAUGAAAGUGGGAGGUGAUGUCUUUAGAAUAACUUGAGUUCAAUGAAUUAUCUGGAGGCAUUGUUCAACACGACUGCAGUUCACAAGGGAAGGCAAUGAUGACCUUUGUAGGCUGUGCCCUCCCUGAAAUUAAGACUAGAGGACCUGUGGAAUAAAAUUCUCCCCCAGUUCACAGCCCCUCCCUCCACCACAAGCUCUCAUGACUCCCAGCUGGUGGCUUGUCAAAAACGAUGGCACUGGCAUGAAAGAAAUGUGUUACCGCCCAGUGUCCAGGAUUGGGAGAACAUAAAGUAGAUGAUAUACAGAGUAGAAUUAUCACUAGUUACCCCAUUAAAAUUAUCUGAGUUAGGAUGUUGAUGAUGGAAACAAUUAACUAAACACAUUCCACCUUUUCUUUUGAAGAUAUGUUGAAAUGUUACAUCAUCUCAGUAAUUUCCAAAGUUAAAUUUACUUUGUCCCAUUCUCUGUUUAAAACUCCCGUUCACAGAUUGAGGUACACUGUAGGCAAACGCCGUUGACCAAACGUGGUUGUUCCAGUUUGAACAAACUUAUUCUUGUAUUAAAUUGCGGGACUAAAAGCUUCAAAUAGCAAUUGUGUCGUUUUCCAGCAGUGUUUUUGACCAUUGAUAUUUUAACUGGAACUAUGGUGUUUCCUCUGUAAAAUUUUAGGAUUUAUCCAAAGUUUAAGGAAAAAAGUUUCCUGUGGAUGUGAUUGUUUUGUAAAAUACCUACUUCGAAAAGGUAGUGCUGCUAAUAGUCUGAUUAUCACUGGAGGAAAUGAAAUUGUAAAUAGGUCUAAUGUCUGUAUAAUGAUUAAUAUAAAUCUUUUGCCCUGAGAGAACUUUCACUGACUGUGUUCAGUUGACCAACAGCACAUCUGUAUGGUUGGAUGUGAAUGAAUUUGUCGAGCAUUAUUUUAAUGUAUUUAAGAUAAAAAACAAUAAACCAGAUUUGCCAUGAAAAAUA